GGAUGGGGCAGUACCUCAACUGCCUCUGCUCUGGAGCUGCACUGCUGCUGCUGCGUGGGAACAUCUCUACCUAAAAACCUGUGAAGCUUGAAAAAUAUCACAAUGGAUGACAGUGUAUUUAUCAGUUACUGUGUGGUAACCGGCAGCUUCCUGGGAUUCCAACUGCUCUUCUCAAUAAUCAGCCCCCGAACCUUUACAAAAUACUCCAGUACCUACAGACAGCUCAGCUUUGGCAAGCAGUGUGAGUGGGACUCAAGAUGUGUUUCCACAACCCACGCGCUAGUCGUUGGAUCUGGGUGCCUGUAUAUUCUGGCGUAUGAUGAAGCUGUGAAUGCUGACCCCAUAUGGGGUGAUCCAUUUUGGGUGAAAAUGAACGUUGCCAUCACUUGCGGCUACCUCGUGCAUGAUUUACUGCUCCUGGCGCGUUUCUGGAAAGUGAUGCGGGACCCGUAUAUGGUGUGCCACCAUCUGGCCGUGUUUUACUCCUACGGAUACGUGCUGAAUCGCGGGGUGCUGCCGUAUUUCGCCAACUUCAGGCUCAUUUCAGAACUUUCCACACCCUUUGUAAAUCAGAGGUGGUUCUUUGAUGUGAUUGGGAAGCCCCGCUCCUCCUGGCCGGUCCUGUUGAAUGGAUUGGCCAUGGCCCUAGUCUUUUUCAUAGUUCGCAUUGCAGUGAUCCCCAGCUACUACUCUCAGGUGUUUGCCACUUUUGGCACAGAGGGCUACAUCAGACUGGGCAUUGGGCCCCAGGUGGCGUGGAUUGUGUCCUGUGUGGUCCUAGACAUUCUCAAUGUAUUCUGGAUGUACAAGAUCGCUCGCGGGUUCUACAAGGUGGUGAAAGCCAAGCCUGACGGGAAGCCGAGGAGGAACCACGCAGACUGAGCCCACUCCCUUAUUAUGGGGUGUCCUAGGCAAAUGGCCAAUCACAUUCAUUUACUGUACAUGGUGGGAACACACUGCGUAUGUGAGGCCUCCUGGAUAUUGGCCAUAUUCAUCUCCUGUGGCAGAAACCCAAUUUAGGUGCAAAUUCAGUGUUACACGGACCAACGUUGGCCUUGGUGCCCAAGCUGGGCAAGCUGCUCGGCAUAAUAGGGUCUUGCCAUACAAGUGCCUUAGUAUGGGGAAAGCAGAGUUCAGGAAUGGACAAAUCAUAUCAUGAGGGGUAGGGACAGCAUCGAAUAAAGCUUUGCUUUCCCCGCCAA